AUGCCACAGUCAAGACCUAAGCCGUCGGAGAUAGCAGCCGAGGCGAAACGAGUAUGGAUGCCACAUAUCUGGAAACACUACAUCCGGGACUCGAAAACAUCAUACCUUUACCCAGACUCCACACAAAUACGAGUAAACGUCGACAAGCGAUCAUCCCAACGGACGCGAGUAGCAGUCAUGGAGGGCGAUCCAGUAAACUACGCCCUGGGCUGGUACCAGAGCGCAGUCAACGCAGAUCCAAACUGCAAGCGGAUACCCGUCAUCAAUGUAGCCAACGAGAAGCGGGCUGGAGGCGACUGGGAAUCUGGACUCAUGGCACCGGAAGAAUGCUUCGCGCGGAGAAGUAAUCUAGUGCAUGCCCUCACCAUGCCCUGGAACGCGCAACUUGGGCGGGAAGAGAAUUUCUACCCCAUACCGCAGAGGGGGGGCAUAUACUCUCCCGAAGUUUUCGUAUUCCGAGCAGGACCGGAUCAAGACUAUGCAACAUUUACAGACAUAUCCUCGCUGCCAGUGAUAUCAGUAGCGCCAGUCCGCCGUCCAAAGCUCGACGAGAGCGGGUGCAAGUACUCGUUUGAGCAGGAGAAGGAGCUGAUGAAGGAGAAGAUGCGGGCAGUGCUCCGAAUCGCGUCUUACUGCGGGCACAGAAACUUAGUGUUGGGCGCCUUUGGUCUAGGGCCCAUCUUCCGCAACCCGGCACAGGAAGUAGCGCGCAUGUGGCGAAACCUGCUCUUCGACGAAGAGGAGUUCCACGGCGCCUUCCAGGAUGUCGUCUUUGCCAUUGACAGCAGCAUGGUUGGGUUGCCGAGCAAAGGCUGCGCGUCUGAUGUGGAGAUCUUCAGACGCGAGUUUGAUCCCGCGACUAUUUGGCCGACAAAGUGGUGA